AUGGGUUGUGGUGCAUCAGAACUAUCAAAUUCUCUUGACAAUCAUUCCCAUUCUGAUACUAAAGCAACAGUAAUACCAUCAUCGCCCUCUAAUUUAUUAAAUCAGCGAUUCGAUUCAAAUCGCAUUGUUCCAAAACCGGAUAAUCGAACUGAUACAAAUGAAAUUAUCCAAAAUUUUCGUUUGAUUUGGCUUGACAAAAAUAUCGAUGAGUUAAGCGACGACUAUAUCAAUUCUAUCAAACAACUACGACGAACAAUAAAUACUAUUGAAAUAUUCCAUGAUACAAAUGAAUGUAUGGGUUACCUGUCACAAAUACAAAACGAAAAGUUGUUCCUCGUUGUUUCGGGCGCUCUUUGUAAAAGUUUUGUGCCACGUAUUCAUGAUAAGAUACAACUAAAUGCAAUUUAUAUCUUUUGUCGACAGCAAGAAAAAUAUGAAGAAUGGGCAAAAGACUGGCCCAAAGUAAAAGCUAUUUUUACCGAAAUUACCUCACUUUGCGAUAUGGUUCGACAAUCUGCUCGACAAUGUGACCAAAAUGAUAUUGAAAUUAAGGGUGUGUCGUCACUAAAUCAAAUCGAACCAGCGUUUAUGUAUACACAACUCUUGAAAGAAAUUAUUCUUGAAAUCGAUUUCGACGAACAGAAAGAAAUUAGCAAUCUAGUCGAAUAUGCUCGUAAAGAAAAGGAGUAUGUCAACAGCAAAGAACAAUUGAAGCUUAUUGAUGAGUUUGCUGCCGACUAUCACAAAAGUGUCGACAAGAACAAAGCUAUUCGAUGGUACAGUCAACAAUGUUUCACGUAUCAAUUAGUCAAAAAAGCUUUACGCUCCCUGGAAGUACACACUUUACUCAUAAUGGGGUUUUUCAUUCGUGAUGUUCAUCGAAACAUCGAGAAACUUCAUUUAGAACAGUCGGAAUUAAUUCAUCCAUCUGAUACUACAACAAUUACUGUAUUUCGAGGUCAAACUAUGAACAAGGCCGAUUUUGAAGGGAAUAUAAAACAAGAUGGACUCAUAUCUUUUAAUAAUUUUCUAUCGACAAGUGAAGAUCGCCGUGUUGCCAUUAGUUUUACAAGCGAUCUGAAUAAAAUAGGUGUUCUCUUCGAAAUGACUAUCAAUCGGUCGGUUUCACGCACUCGAUUUGCCCGUAUCAGCGAAGUUAGUUGGUAUCCAAACGAAAAAGAGGUUCUCUUCGCAACACAUUCAGUUUUUCGUGUCCAACAAAUCGAAGAAAUUCAGGCGAAUGGAACUACCAUAUGGCAAGUUAAACUUACACUCACCAGUGACAGUGAUGACGAACAGCUUAAUAUUCUUACCAAACGAAUGCGAACAGAGAUCACUGGAACAGGAUGGGAACGAAUGGGUUCAUUAUUAUGGAAGCUAGGUGAGAACGACAAGGCAGAACAGGUGUACACAAUGUUACUGGAACGGACAUCCAAUGAGAGCGAUCAAGCGGAUUAUUACCAUGCGCUUGGGCUGAUGAAAGAAAACCUAGGACAAUACAAUCAGGCCAUCGAGUUUUACGAAAGAGCACGCGAUAUCAGCGAGAAAACUCUCCAUCCGAAUCAUCCCAACUUGGCUCAUUCUUACAACAAUAUCGGUAGUGUGUAUUCUGGCAUGUGA